AUGAACUCUUAUCCCUCUGAGCUGUUACUUCAGCUUGCACCGCUCAUGUUCGUAGCAGGAUUAGAGGCAUUCCCUCAUCCACACCAUCACCAAUCUUCAUCUACUCAUACUCCUGAUGCUCAAGUGAACGGCGACCCCACUGCUACUCCUGCUCCUACUGGUGUACAGGAUGACACAGAAGCAGAGUUUACACUUCUUGCUCAUAGACUGAGGAAGACUCUGGGCGCACAUAGGAAGCCUACAAUAUGGGAUCCUGACAGAGGGAAAGAGUUCGACGUUCUCUCAGUAGACAAGAACGUCCGUUUCCCACCACGAAAGAUCCUCCCUUCCCCGACAUCACCAGACCAGCCCGCGCACUCCCCUCUCUCCCCGCUCACUCCUACGUCCCCACUCUAUCCAGACGGGCUCAUCGCCCCCAUUUGGCUGAGGAAGCAUACGACGCUCGUUCCCUCCGUCUUUGUCCUUUUCCUGCGAUUACCCGGGGCGCUCAGCACGGGGGCGGAGGAAGAGCUGAAAGAGAGAGACGCCGAGUUGGCACGGGAGAUCGCGGAUAGGAAACGGACUACCGCAGAAAGAGGUGUGAAGCUUACAGUCGUCCUCCUCGCCACGCGGGCGAUGCUCGAAGACAAAUCCCUCGACUUACGGCUCAGUGCUCUCCGCCGCUCUGCUUCCCUAGACUCUAGGGCAGCGUUGUUCGUCCUCUCCCCUGUCCACCCUUCAGAGUUGCAGGAAUUUGUCGCCUCCCUCCGGAACGCGCUGCACCCUGUAGGACAGGCGUACUACGCAAACCAUUCAAAGAGCACGAGGAGGAAGAGGUCGAGGCCGCAUCCGGGAGGGGUGGGAGUUGGAGGGCCUGGGGCUGGGGGUGCGGGUGCGGGUGGGGGGACGGGUGGGGGUGCGGGUGGGGGUGGGGGGAGACCGUUGAGGCCUGAAGGGUGGGCGGUGAGGUAUGAGUAUAAGAUGGGAGUGUGGGCUGAGUUUAGGGGCGAGUGGGAGUUGGCUAGGAAGCACUUUGAAGACUGCUGGUCGGCGCUAUUGGACAUGUUUAGUUCUACUGCUAUCCUUCCCCCUAGGACAAAACGGUGGGCCGAAGCCAAAGUGCUAGCCGAUACCGUGUCGUUCAAGAUCGUCAAAUUCCACCUCUACCAAUCAACGCCACACGCCGCCGUGCGCCAAUUUCGCGCCCACCUCUCCCGGUUCACCGAGCUCUCCCGCGGGUGGGGGAUGGGGGAGGAGACGUCCGACUUCUGGGGCUGGGCAGCACGUCAAUACCGGCUCUUUUCCGAAUUGCUCGAAGCCGGGCUCGGGAGCCCCGUUCCCUUGCACUUACCCUCCCUUGCACCUCUUUCCCCAGGGCAGCAGUACCCCCCCGUACAAGGACAGGGACAGGGACAGGGACUCCCCCUCCCUCCCCCUGGGCAGAACCCGGCCGACGCACUAGUAGGACCAGGGUACUGGUACCUCUGCGCAGCGGAAUGCACGCGCGAGCGCCGAGCGCGCUACCUCUCGCUCCUACAGCUGCAGCUCCAUUUGCCGGAAGGCGCCGGCCCCGGGGCGGGGGCGGGGAACGAAGCGAAAGUGGACUAUCAGGCGGUGAUACGGGAGAUGUACACUAAGGCUUAUGAGCUGUUCAAGAGGCGUGGACAGCCCGGUGUUGGGGCUGGGGGUGCGGCUGGGAAUGGGAACGCGGUCGGGAGUGGGAAUGGGAAUGGGAAUGGGACGGGGGAACUAACAAGACUCCCGUUUUAUGUUGCUUUUCGCGUUGCGGAAGCCUACUUUGAUGCGGGGGAAUGGGAUACUGCUGUCCGGUUCUUCGAACGCACCGCCAAACUGUACAGGCGCGAACACUGGACUUCCCUCCUACUCCCCAUCCUGCGCAUGUGGCACGCAUGUACGAAACACCUGACGGACAUGGGCGCUGUCGUUAGGCUCUGUUUGGAGCUGAUGGCUGCUGGGGAAGAAGGGUUGGAGGAGGAGCUCUUGGCUGUGCUUGGGACGACGCAGCCGGAGGGGGAGGUGGUAUUAGGGCAGGAGGGAGCGAUAUUGACAGCCUCGACUGUCUUUUGGCAAAAAGAGGGCUAUACUGGGGAUACGGUCGUUUUUCAGGUUCAUGUUACCCCUUCUUCCUCGCAGGAUCUUUCCCUCCUCCCCAUGUCAAGCAUAAGUAUCGACCUGGGCGAGCUAUCGCUGCUCGUCACCCAUUCUCCUGAGGGAUCGCAGGAUCCGGAUCCGGACGCGGAUGGGGAGCGGCAGGUCGAAUGUGUAGAUCUGGGGGAGGUGGCUCCCAAGGACGAUGACGAGGACGACCACAAGGAGGGGAGGGCGAACUUGCGUUGGAGGAAGGGGGAAGUGAAGGUUUUUCGUGGGAAGUGGACUGCUGCUGUCCCUGGGGAACUUAGGGUCACCGCCGUCACCCUCUUUAUCAACCAGGGGAACUGGAACAUUGAGCUUCCUGUCAAGCUCGACCCCCCGGACAGGGGAGUCCCGCGCUGGCUCUUACCUCCCUCUGAAAAGAGUUUCCUCUUGAUGUCUGAUGAGUCCCACUCUGUUUGCUCGAUCAUCCCCAAACCGCACGAGCUUCACGUCUCGAUAUCACACCGCGAGCCGGCGUAUAUCAAUGAGCAGUAUCCGAUUACGAUCGAGCUUGCGAACCUGGAGGAGCGGGAGCUGGAAGCUGUGCUUGAUGUAUUGCUCCAGCCGUCGGAGGAUGACGACCGGAAUCAGGUUGCUAUAGACGAACAUGAGUCUUCAGGGUUUAUCAAAGCUGUCUCAUUUGGCGUCCUUAAAGGAGGAGAAGUGGUCACUAAGAUCCUAUGGCUGACAUCGAGCGGCUCGCUCAUGCCUCGCACGCUCGAUCUUUCCGUUCAGACAAGGACCGUCCAGCCUGGGGACGAGUCCCCUAUCUCGUCCACCAACUCCCAUGAAACGCUGCGCACCAUCGUCGUCCCCGUCAUCCAGCCUGUAGCGUGUACGGUCAGCACGGUCUAUCAUCGGCAAGCUCCGGCCAUUAGGCCACUGUCGGAUUCUGACAACUCCGAUUCCCGAGAUCCGUUCGCCUCCAUAGGAGCGAGCUUCUCCGCUACCUUCUCCUGCGUCGGACCCUGGCCGCUUACGAUCGAGAAUGUUCGGUAUGUUCCUGCUGAGCAGCCAUCUGACCGGCUGGGGAUGGUCGCGUGUUCCCUCGAGUACGAGGAAGAGUGGCCCAUCGUCUGGGAGGGCGAUUCCGCCUUCCAGGCAGCGCUCGACUUCUCCAUCGUCGCGUCCCAAGGGAGUGAAUCUGAAGAAGAAAAGGAAAUAGAUGCCCAUGUUCCGGUACCAGGGGGACUAGAGGUCAUUUGGUCAAGACCCCAUCCAACUUCUCCGUCUCCAAUAUCGUGCAUCACCCUAAUUUCGCUACCACCCCUGCUUGCCCCGGCGCAUGCAGUAAUCGGCGUUCUGACACCGCCUUACACCGUAUACAUGCACUCUCCGUUCGCCAUGCGGCUUUCGGUCCAAAAUUACCACACGACACGGUCAGCUGCUGUCUCUGUCCAAGUCGAACCUUCAGAGGCAUUCUCGAUUCCCGGACCUCGGAAAACGCGCUUGACCGCUCUCGGUCCUGGCGCCUCUGUAGACGUUCUCUUCCGGGUGUAUCCUACCGCACUUGGCAUGCAGAAGCUUCCUCCGAUAACCAUUUUGGAGCAACUCCUGUCCCCUGAUCAGCCUGCUGCUGCUGCUGCGGCCAGUGCGCAAUCGCCCGUGAUUGAAUACCGGAGAUCAUACGAGGAGGAAGAGGAAGACUUUUCCGCGGCAACAGCAGCACCUUUGAUGCUGGCCGAUCCUUCCGAUCCUGACCGUGUUGCGCUGGAGCCAUCGGCACAAGGUAUUACUGUACUAGUUCUUCCAUAUUCCCAAUCGCAACCAUAG